GAUAUAUCCAUUCUUCGAACGCCUCAUCCUCAACAUUUCGAAACAAGACCUGGUCCCUUCAGAUCCCUCGUUAGCCAGCUCUGAGACCGGACUUGUCCCCUUUUGACGGUUGACGAUAGCCUCGAAUCCCUAAUUGCGAGGCUUCUUGGCGCCCCAAGCUCAUCUCGAGAUUAUCAUGAACUGUGACCCUCCAGAUCAUCCUUCUCCUGCCAGGAGAGAUUCACCACCAGUUCUUACACCUUGACCUCAAUCGCAACAUACACACCUUUUACACGCAGAACACAAAUCACUGAUCACUUUCAUCUACUCGAGGAAUUACAAAAUCGCAGUUGUCAAACAUGCGACCUACGACUCCCAAUUUCAAUUUCGCUCAAAGUGUCGGCCCUUCGUCACCACCCGAGACCCCGACUAAUUCCACCUUUGCCUUUGCACCUCAACGACCAUCAAUGAACUUUCCUGGUUCAUCGCCUAAAACAAAUGGGAUUAUACCCAAUGGUCCAGGGCCUCACUUCAGCUACAAUCGAGUCGAGAACUUAUCUCCACGAUCUACUUCUCCCUCGUCAGAAUCUUCGGGCAGCGCAAGUCCGCCGCGAUCAGAGAGUUCCCAACGCGCGCAAUCACCACUCUCAUCGCCUAUCCACAGGCACUCGCGAGUAGUAGAAAAGGGAAAUUUCACACUGGAAGAAAUAACAGACAGCGAUCUCGAGGGCUACGAUUGCGACGAGGAACUUAUAAUACGACCCCACCAAUACGAAGACGCCGAGUCCGAUGGAGGACAUGUUGCGCCUAUAUCUACACCAGCCGAGCUCGAUGCACGUUUCCUCGAUGAUUUACGCGAUCUCACUGCACACGACGGCACGGACGCAUUUAAUAACGAAGAGCAAGAUGGCUCCCCAUUGGAUGAGUACGAAGCUUGGGUACAGCGCAAUCGGGAAGAACGUCGUCGCCGUCGUCGCAGUUCAGCUACUGUACAAAAACGAUCACUAGCGCAAAGUAUUGGGAGUGAUACUGACGAUGAGGAUUUAAAGCCAGAUCACAUUAGCGCAAAUGAGGCCGGAUCUAGUGCUAGGAGACUACGAAGAAAAACGUUUAAUCAUGGGGGAGACAAACGAGCGAGUCUUAUAUUUGAUGAUCCACCACCCCGGAUUCCAGAAUUGGAAGAACCAGAUAGUUGCGAGGAAGUGCUCGAAGAUGAUACAGAAUUGGAUGAUUUAAAGGAGUUGCCAUAUUAUGUUUUGGAUGAAUCUAUGGAUAUCGACUCUUCUUCUUGAGAACAACAAGACUUCAAGGACAUAAAUAAUCUGUGGUGAAAGAGGAUGAAGGGGUGCAGAUCGGCGGGUAUGGAUAUAAAAGGGGGUGACGAAUUAAUGAAUAAUGAAUAAGGCGGCAUUCCAUUGCAUUAAGGCAUGAUAUAUAUGACGGUGGCAUAUUAUUUUCUACAUUUUUUGAGCGAGCGACUUCUCACUAGGUGGAUUUCUUCUGAUAUUUGGUCAAUUAUUCAUUCGUAUCACACAUAGCGUUGCAUAGCAGAUGUAAGGAUAGCGGUACUGGCCAAUAGAGCCCGGGAAUCUGGUCUGGAACUCAUGGCUUCGGGGGUUAUUUUAUAGACUGGGUGAGGGAGAGGAUGAAACCAUCGUAGGAAAACAUAUAGGAGAAUACAAAUAGAUACA